AUGGCAGCAUUUGAGCAAUAUCUCAACGACAAGUAUCUCUCAGCUCUUCAUUCUCCUCUAUUAUCGCCCUACAUGCAAGCCUCGUCAUCUGCCGAACGCGACAAGUUUGAGCUCGCGGCCUUGCGCGACGUGCCAACGUUGCUCGACUUUGUUGCAAGCGUACCGGCACCAGUUACCAAAGUCCUCGUCGAAUUUGCGUACCCUAUCCGUCUCCUCAACCGCUUUGCAUUCGCGGCCAGUUGGAAGAGUUCGGCAGAGCAGAGCUUCCUCGUCCUCUUCGCUUGGGUCAGCAUAUGCCUGUAUGGUGGAUUUUUUGUUCGCUUUGCGCUCAUCCCUAUCAUCAUACUUGGUCCUGUAAUUCUACCGCGCCUACCACAACGCUUUCAACAUAAGAAAUCCACACUUACUACUGAAGAAUCACUCGCAGCAUCCCUCUCCGACCUGGACGGAAUAUACGCGCUCCGGCCAGACUUUACUCUUCGCGAUCCAUUAUCCUCGCAUCUUUCAUUUCAAGAACGCUUACGCGUCCUUGGUUUUAUCUUAAUACCCUUUAUUACCCUCACCUACUGGGCCUCGCUCCGAGUACUCCUAGCCAUUGCUGGGGCGCUCGUCUUAACUUACCGAGCUCCCUGGGCAAUAAGUACACGAAGAAUAGUCACACGUUCGGCUUAUCUGCGUGCACUAUGGAGAUAUAUCAUCAAUUGGGUUUCUGGAAACUAUACCAUUCCAAUCACACGACCCAUUCGGAGCAUGUCUCGCCGACAGACAGACAAAAAGGCUGAAGAGCCUACCAAUGCACCGACCAAUACAGUGAACAAGCAUGCAUUCAUGUUCACAGUCCUAGAAAACCAGCGAUGGUGGGUUGGAAUCGACUGGACGGCCGCUCUAUUGCCAAGCGAGCGGCCCUCCUGGUGUGCGCCCAUCACUCCGGGGUCACUAUCGAGUACACAGGGACCCAACCAACUCGUUUUCCACGCCCUUCCGCCCCCAGCGUCAUUUCCACUUCCCCCUUCGACCUCUGUCACGCUCCCAUCGCCAUCUGGCAAAGGUUUCAUAAAGAAAACGGCCAAAUGGAAAUGGGAAGAUGACAGUGAAUGGGAGGUAAUAGUCCAUAAAGAAGGCGAGGACAAGAUUAGAAAGCUCCGACCUCCGCUCAAGGCGUCACAUCCAGAAGAGGACAACAAGGGUCAACUCCUUGCCAAAGCGGCAGGAAAAAUCAGCGCUAAUCCAUCACCUACAACAUCGUCGUUUGCAGAGCACGAGGCUGGAACUAGCGGCAAGCCGUUGCUCCCCAGUGCGCAUCCAGAAAAUGAAUUUACAGACCAGGACGGAUGGAUCUAUGGCGACAACAAGUGGGAGAAUUUGGCAGGGAAAGCGGGCAUGGGCAAGUUUACUCGUUUCCGCAGAUGGUGCCGUGUAGCCAUCUUAGAAGAGACAGAAGAGUCUGUAGACGAGCCCGACGCCAAAGUGACGUUUACCCAGCUCGAGGCGCGCAGGAGUCAUUCUCCGGAGAAGGAGCCGGCGGAGUCGCUGGUCGAGAAACCUUCACAGAGCAGAGCGAGGAGUGAGACCAAGGGAUCCCCGGAGCGCAGCAGAGGGCGCACGACGGACAGCAGGCUCAGCGUCGGAGGGGAAUCAUCGCUGCAGCAGCGACUCAAGGCAGCGCUGAAGAGCAACACAUAG